AUGUGUGUUACAAUUCUAUUAUUAUUACGUGGUUACAUUGAUUUAAUAUUUGCAAUAAAAAGGAUCUUAAAAAGAAUAACAACCUCUUUUCUUAAACAACAUAACAUGAAUAGAACUUAUGCUAAUUUUGUUCAUGACAUUGGAGAAAAACGUACAUCUGAUGAAGAAAGAAAAUUUGUUAAUUCAGUAUUAAAGGAAGAAGGAAAUGGAUUAAAUAACACUAGUCCUUCUUAUAUGAAGGAAUAUAUUAAAAAAAUGAUGAAUAUUUAUGAAUUAGGAUAUAACGUAGAACAAUCACUAUUUAUGAUUAUCAAUUCAACUCAACAUCAAAACUCUAAUCUACAAAAAACUGCUCUUAUAGCUACUUCAGCAAUCAUACCAAAUGACUCCGAAUUCUCUUUGUUAUUAACUAACUCAUUAACUAAACUCCUUGGUCCAACAUCAACAAAUCCAUUAUAUGCAUUACGUAUUUUAUCAAGAUUUAUUACUUCAACAACUAUGCCAGCAUACUCUCCUCAUAUUAAUCAAUUAUUAAAAUCAAAAGAUCCAAAUAUUCGUGCAGCAUCAAUUCGUUCAUUAUAUAGAAUAUUUUUAUUAUCUGAUCAUGACUCUCAGUCAAUAAUUAAAUCAGCAUUAUCCGUUGCACUUGUUGAUCAGUCAAUGAUUGUAGUUGAAUCUGCUAUUCCAAUAAUCACACAAAUCAUUAAAAAAAUUCCCUCACAAUAUAAAGGAUAUAAAAUAAAUGAUGUAUGUGCUCCUUACCUUCAAAUAAAGUUAUUAAGACUAUUGAGAAUAAUGAAUCCAAGUACUAAAUAUUAUCAACAAUCAAUGGCAAAUUUAAUGGAAAUAUAUAAAGUCAUUCCUGGUGGGAUUGGGAUGGCAUUGCAAAUUGAACUAAUUAAAACAACGAUGAUGUGUAUUCCAACUGAUGUUAUGUUAAGAAAUGCAGCAUUAGUAGCAUCGACAUUAUUUGAGAAGAAAGAUGGACUAAUCAUUUAUUGUGGAUUAAAAACAAUGAGAGUCAUUAGUGAUAGAAAUCCAGUUCUUUGUAAAAACCAUCUUGACACAAUAAUGAAAUUUAUAAAUAACGAUAAUGACUCUGUUGUAGAAGAAGCUAUUGAACUAAUUAAUAACAUUACUGAAUCAGAAGAAGCUGUAGGUGUUGUAUUAACAUUAUUAGAUCAUGUAAAGAAAACAUUAAGUUAUGUUGAUAAAUGCAAAGUUAGAAGUCACAUAUUGAAAGUUGUUUAUAUUAUUUGUGAGAAAUAUACUCCAGAUUUUGAAUGGUAUUGUAAUAUUGUAAUUCAUAUAUUAGAAUUUAAUAAAGUGGAACCAAUGCAAGAAGGAUUGAGUGAAGAAGAACUGACUAUGAUUUACACAAACUUUAUUGAAGCAAUGAAAAGUGAAGAAGCAAAUUAUGGUAUUGCUUUACAAAACAUUUAUAAUGUUAUUAAUAUUAAUUAUGAUGAAAUAACUCUUUCAUUAGCACAAUUCUCUUGUUUAAUUAUCUCAAAAUGUUAUAAUUUCAAUGAACUUGAUAUGAAUGAAAUAAGAAAAAUAAUUAUUAAAUGUAUUAAAAAAGGUGCUGUUAAAGAGGGUAUUGUUGCUGCAAUUCAAACAAAUAAUAUUGGAAUUAUUCAUUCAUUACUUUUUAAAGAAAAAAGUACCAACGAUACUAAUAACAAUAAAGACAAUAAUAACGUUCAAAUACCAUCACAACCCCAACAAUGUCAACCAAUUGAUUUAUUAAAUAUUUGGGAUAUUCCACAGAAGACUCAACAACCUAUUGUUGAAGAAAAUAAUGACCAAGUUCAAUUUGAUCAGCAUUUAAUUAAUUCUAUUGAAGUACAACAAAGGUGUCAUGAAAUGUUAAUGUUAAAUCAAAAUGGUAUUUCAUAUCAAGCAUUAAUUUCCAAUAGUAUCAAUGAAUCAACCGUUGAAAAACAAGUUCUUAUUUCAGAACCAAUUAACUUUAAAUCAACUAAAAAAGAUGAGCCAGCAUUAAGGUUUGAAGAAUAUAAACAAGAAUCAUUUAUUCCAAACCCCCAAAUUUAUCAAUCACCUCAAAGUUCCUUGCAACCACACUUUCAAAGUCUUAAUUCUAAUCAAUUUGAACCAAAACAAGAGUCUUUACAAACAAAUGAACAAACUACUCAACCAACUGUUAAUUCAUCACAAAAGAAAAGAUGGAAUUUACCACCAAAAUAA